AUGUUCUUCAAUACCGUCCUCACCGUCGCGCUCGCCAGUCUCACAGCCGCGGGACACGCUCCUCCCUCCUACUAUCCUCCGAUCAAGCAGAACACCUUCAGCUUGGCGAUUCGCGUUGGCUAUGGCGACGACGCCAAAAACCUAUCUCUCGCCGCCAGACCUGCAGCACCUGCCUCAAAUUCUCUCGUCUUUGUAGGAAGCGGUGAAGCACCUGCUACCGUCGGCACUCCGAUAUACGUCAACGGCACAAGUCCCACUGCGUCUCUCUUCGCCAUCUAUACCGACGGCCAGACUUAUGGUCUACGUGCCGCCGAUGUGGGAAGCAAUUACGGCCUCGUGACAUCCGUGCUUGGUACCAAGGGCGACUCCGACCCCAACUGGUAUGUCGGAAAUGGCGAGGUCUUCCACAAGCUUUUUGCAGGCUCAAAUCUCCUCAUGGCUUGUAACGCCACAUUUGAUGGUGAAGUCAAGCCUGUCUUGAGCUUCGGCGUCAUCAACUCCAACGGAAGCAUUCCCUAUGGCUGUCAGUACACUCGCGUCUUUCAGGUGUGCAACCAACGUGGAAGCAAGGCUACAUGCACAUGA